AUGGAGGCUGCCGGAUUUGCCCUCUCCGUUGUCGCAAUCCUCCUAUCAAUCAAAGGUGCCAUCGACACGGCAGUCUUCAUUGAGUCUUGCUUCGACGGCUCCAAGUCCGAGUACGGUAGCACCGCUCUCGCGUACCACAUCGAGAAAGUGAGGCUGCAGCUAUGGGCAGAGCAUUGCAGGCUCAGCGACCCGUUGCUCAACAUCCUCCGGGACCGCCCUGACCUGAUACAGAAGGCUGUGCUGCAGGUCCUGCGCGAGGUUGAGCAUCUGCAUCACGAGGCGAGCAAGUUGCUGACCAAACACAAGAUGAAGCUACCUCAUCUCCCCGGCGACCAUGAAGACGCCGCCCUCGACGCUUCCACGACGGCCAUGACCUUGAUCACUGGUUCUCAGGGCGACCAGUCGUCAUUGUUGUCGUCGUCGGUGCGACAGACGCACAGGGUCAAGUCCAAGAUUAGAUGGCUCAUCAAAUCCAAGCCUGAAUUCGAAAAGAUCAUAUCCGACCUACGCGAGCACAACAAAGCUCUACGCGACCUGACACUCACGCCAGCUGAAGCCCGUGUACUCAUACACACCCUACCAUGUAGAGUCUUGCCAGCACUAGAUAAUGCCUCUGCCUUGAAUGCCCUCGACGAGUCGGGUGCCACCUACGACCCGGCCAUAGCCUUUUCCGCUCGAGCAAAAGCAAUCCAGAAGAACUUGGCAUCAUCGCAAGGUCUGGGUAUAUCUGCAACCCUUAUCGCCGAUCGCCAACUCAAGGCACUCGGCGGCUCAUUUCCUGAUACCAAGCUUCUUCACUGCACUGACGGAAGACAGAUCCAGGUCUGGGUCGAAUGGAAGGUGCUCAGCCUGGGAGAUGAAUCCGCACAACAAGCCAAACGCAUCCAAUCAAUGGGCUACCUGCUGGAGCAGGUUGGCGAGCCAGUUCUCCGUCUUCCACGCUGUUAUGGGCUAAUCGAGGACUUCUCCUACAUGGAAAGCCACGGAGCCAGAAGAAUGGGCUAUGUGAUGGGGCCGCCCAUUUCCCCCUCACCUCGAUCAUUCGAGAGCAACAUUGCCAAAUACCCGCCUUGCAGUCUCGCCGAUCUUCUGAGAACCCAGAGCGGCGGAAUGGCUAUUCCACUGUUAGGCGACCGAUUCGCGCUUGCUUAUUAUCUGGCGUCUGCUUUCGGGCUUUUUCAAUCAACUGGUUGGCUGCACAAAGGCUUCCAGAGCAAGAGCAUCCUACUCUUCAGAGGUGAGGGACCAGAUGCAGUGCUCAGCGUACUCGAUCCUUUCAUCACAGGAUUCCAGCAUUCCAGACCGGACAACGAAAACUCUUUGUCUCACGGACCUCUGGAGGACAAAGCGACUGAGUACUACUACCACCCAGACGCUCAUCAGGGAUUCACCAAGACGCGCGACCUCUACAGCCUCGGGGUUGUCCUCUACGAGAUCGCUCGCUGGAAUCUGGUCCCGGACACAGUCAGGCCCGAGAAAAGGAAGCGCCUAGUCAAUCGCGCGGCGUGGAGAGAUCACAUGGUCGCAAAGGCUCUCCCGGAGCUGGGAUGGAGGGCGGGCGCCUACUAUCAAAAGGCUGUUGGCGCUCUUAUCCAGGGAGGUGUUCUUCCGGAAGAAGGCGAGGGCGGAGAUGACGGUGAUUAUUUUGCGCAGCAGUAUUAUGACAAGAUUAUACGGCCUUUGAUAAAUUGUGAUUCUAUCCAUUGGAAGUUUAAGGAUCAGUACUACGCAGCUCAGUAUUAA